AUGGAGUGUGGAGACGAGACGGGAAUCGAGUUGAUUCGGAAGACGCUGUCGACGGAGGAUGAGGGAACGCUGCAUGUGUUUGUGGUGCUGGGGGCCUCGACGUGCUUUGCUGGCUACGCGAGAUCCAAGCUGAGUGUUGCUGAUGUCAGGAAGAAGGCCGAUCCCUUCAUGAAGGUGAGGGAUGAUCAAAAGGAAAAGCUGGAAGCUUUCUGGAAACUCAACACUUAUGUUGCUGGCUCUUAUGACAAGCUAGAAGACUUCCAGCGGUUAAACAGCGAAAUCGAAAAGAUUGAAGGAGGAAAGCCUUGCAAUAGGCUGUUCUACUUGGCACUGCCACCGAGUGUGUUCCAGCCGGUGACAACUAACCUCAAGGCGGCCUGUAUGGGCAAAAGAGGUUGGACGAGGGUCAUCGUUGAGAAACCAUUCGGCAAGGAUUCUGAUUCGUCCGUCCAGCUGUCUACUCACCUGGCCCGUCUGUUCACGGAGGACCAGCUAUACCGGAUCGAUCACUACCUCGGCAAGGAGAUGGUGCAAAACCUCAUGAUACUGAGGUUUGGAAACAAGGUUUGGGGUCCAAUCUGGAACAGGGAGAGUAUCGCCGCCGUGACGCUGUCCUUCAAAGAGCCGUUCGGGACCCAAGGUCGCGGAGGAUACUUUGACGAAUUCGGAAUCAUCAGAUGUGAUGCAGAAUCAUGUCCUACAGAUGUUGACGCUGGUUGCCAUGGAGAAGCCUGCAUCUACGAGUGCUGA